AUAUAUUUAAACUGCAGCUGGAGAAGGGAGGGCGGGUGAGAAGCAGUUUCUCGAAACAGCCGGCUGGUUCAUUCUCCUCUGGCUAGAGGGACACCUGUGACUGACAGGCCUUCCUUGAGAUCCAGCAGACUUUUUCCAAGGUAAGAUGACACUAGAAGGAUGCCAAAAAGGUUUGCUAAGUUGACUGCCAGUCCGCACUGUAAGAAAUAAGUGAUUUAAAAAGAGAAAGGCACCAGAUAACCAAGAAUUCACCCUCGUUCAUGCUAGGGAAUUUUUUUUGGGUAUGAAUCAGCCGAUUAGAAGGGAAGCACUUCUCUUGACAAAUGGGAGCAGAGAUGUUUCUGCCUUUUAGAAAGCAGAAGGUGGUGUGGAACUGUGGGAAAAUGCCAAGGGGACAGUCUCUCCACUGUAUAUUCAAAACUGAAGUGACCGGAAUCAAAGGAGUGUCUGACGGCAUGUGACUUUGCAUUCUUGGGACGCACCUGUCAGACUGGUAUGGCUGGCAGAACUUUUUAACCCUCUCGCUUCAAAAUAGCUGUGUGCAGGCGGAAAAAUGCUUUUGUAAAAGGCUAUUUGGGUCCUAAUGAAAUCACUGGUAGCAGAAAUGCUAUUGGUUACCUUUGCUGUAGGAUUUCUAAGAUACAGUUUCUUCAACUUGGAAGCAUCUCCCUGACUCCAGUGGCCAAACAUGGGUGAGCCUGGCAUGGUUUGGCCAGAGGGAGGUCUCUCUGCUGAGUACGGUUAUGUAAUGUUAUCACCACAGCGGCAUAUUGGUGCUGGCAGCGGGAAUGUGGAAUCUGCAGAUCAGUUACAAAGAAGUGGAAAGAUACCAGAGAGCAAUUUCAAGGGAUCAAAGGCCAAUUUCACAACUCUGAAGUCAUCCUGAAUAAUAAACUCAGGUUUAUGUAUUUAGCACACUUUUUCUCUGCUGGCAACUAUGGCAUGCCAUAAAAUGAGGACAGAAAGGGCAAUAUUUCACAUGCAUUUUGCAUUCAGACCGUGUUCUUAAUGUACGGCAAGACUUGGCCCUCUUAAGAUGUUUGCGGAGUGCUAUCUGCUACAGCUGGACAAAAUAUAGAAUUCUUUGUUCUGUUCAAGGCCUUAUUUUGUUACCUUUCAAAUAAUCUGAUCUCUUUUCUUAAGCAGCUCACCUCUUGCUAAGCUUAUCUUUCUUCCGUUAAGACCUAAUGCCUCAGGAAACAAAUUUCUUGAAGUUAGAUGGCUGAAUAUGGCCUUUCUUCAUUUCUCACAGUGCACUCAAUCUAGUGUCUCUCUAGGGUCACUGUGGGAAAUUAAAAGGGUGUCUAAACCCAGUUGUCCAGUGCUGUCUAGAGCUCUGUCAGUGCAGCUAGGUAAAGCCACAAGGACCCAGAAAACAGGACCCAUUUAGUUCCACAUUGCCUGUACUGAUUGGUGGGGUUUCAGACUGGGGACAUUCCCAGCCCUACCUCAAGAUGCCAGACUUUGGGCAUGGGACUGUCUGCAUCCAAAACAAAUGCUCUGUCACUGAGCUAUGGUCCUUCCCCAGGGCUGAGCUCAGGCACUGCAGACCUUGACUCCAUCUCUAGCUUGAGCCCACUGUCCUUCGCCAGAAUACCCAGUGGGGAUUGUAGAUGUCCACCCCUUGUUAUCUUGCUCACUGUAUAAGGAACAUAGGCAGCUGACUUAUAUUGAGUCAGACCAUUGAUCUGUAGUGGCUCUCCAGAGUUUCAGGCAGGGCUUUUUCCUAGCCCUACCAAGAGAUACCAGGGAUUGAACCUGGGACCUUUUGCAUGCAAAAGCUGCUGCUGUACCACUGAGCUAUGAGUGCAGUCCUUCACUGAGGAACUCUGCUAUUCCAAAUGCUCCUCAAUGCUCCCCUCUAAUCCCCUUGCUUAACCUCUUUUACCUUGAAACCCUCAUGGCCAAGCAAUUGACUCAUGGGAACCUGGUAUGUGACCUUGCAAAGUGGCAAUAAGGCACUACAUUGUCUGCUUGGGAACCUGCAUGCCUCCAGCGAUGAGAAAUGAAUAUUCAGGAGCGAAAGGGCCAGGAGGGAUAAGGCUGUUUGAGGUUAAGGUUGGCCUAGAUAAGAGACCCUUCUUGAAGUGAUAUACACUCCUCCUCCCAGAGCAACUGCUGUUGACACAGGAUUGAAUUGUUGUCAAAUUUGUUAGUGUGUGCUUCUGAUUACAAGGUGACAAGCAGUUAGAAGCUAAGCCGUAGAGAUAAGAGUGAUGGGGCAACAUGGCAGAUUGCUGCGACCCUGUAUCGUAGCAUAAUCUUACAUAGGCAGCUGUCCUUGUGGGAUGCAUGUAGUUGAUUAAGAACCUGAAGCAUGGGUGGGGAACUGGUGGCCCUCUAGAUGUUGCUGUGGACUACAACACCCCUAACCCUUGACCAUUGGCUAUGUUGGCCAGGCUGAUGCGAGUUGGGGUCCAACAGCACCUGGAGAGAGACAUUCCUUGUCCUUGACCUAAGAUGAACCUUGCUGAAUCAGGCAAAAAAUGGGGAAGUUACAUGUGACUAACCAUAAUCAUUCUAACAUAAUGGAUUAAUAUAUUUCACCUGUCCCUUUUAUGAAGAAGAGUCAGACAAGGAAAGCACCCCAAAGAGAACAUAGAAAGUGAAUCACAGCUACAAUAUGCCUUCUGUGUAUGUUCAGUCACAGUUCAUACCACUCUAAAUCAUUUGUUCUUCAUCUCUUACACAGACUGGGGAAAAGGAACUAAUCUUUAUAUGUAAUGAAAUACAUGGAUUUGAGCACAACAAACUGAGAAUCUUUGGGAUAUUUUCCUUACCCUAUACUCCUAAGGCUAAAUUGGAUGUGACCAGUGAUUAAGAUCUCUUGUGGUUUGUUUGGGUUUUUAUUAGAGAGAGAGAGAGAGAAGAGAAAAGGAAACCCCCUUGUGGCUGUUUUAAAGACUGAGGAAGUGGCUUCCUUUGCCCUUAUCAAAAUCACCUUCUCCUCCUCCACAUUAGCUGGUAGGUCUCAGGAUAGGACAGGCAGGCAAAGAAUGGCUAAGAUUGGGAAAAGGGCAAUGAAGGAAAGGGCUGAACCUAUUCUCCCAGCACUACUUCCCCAGUCUUCAAAGAAGCUAUAGGAAACCAAUGCGAAAGGUCCUAAUUGAAGAUCUCCUGUAGGCCUAUUCAACCCUUCACAUGCACACACUCACAAAACUGUGUGGUGUUGGCCCCCUGUCACUUCCUUGCUGCCCAUCCCCAGAACCCACCACGUUGGGGGCUGAAGCAAGUAAUUAGGAGCCUCCUCUGCUUUUGCUGAUAUUUAAAACUUUGAACACCUUGGGACCAUUUUACUUGAUGAAUGAUGGUGAUGGUUUUGAUUUAUUCCCCGCCCUUCUGCCUGAGGUGCCAGGGCAAGUCAUAACAAUUUGAAACCCGCCAUUAAAAACAGUUUAAAAUGAGUUACAGUCAAAAGAAUAGGGCAGGUCCUAAAAAUAUAAUUUCUCAGGGGCCAAAGGCCAGGGUAAAGAGGUGGGUCUUCAUCAUAUGAUGGAGACUGUACAGUGAAGGUGCCCAGCUCAUCUGUGGGGAGGGAUUUCCACAACUUAGAGGCUGCCGCAGAGAAAGCCCUCUCCAGGCCUCCAAACCCACCCUGAACUUCUGAGGAAGGUGGAACUACCAAGAGUUCCCCAAGAGGUUCUGCGGGGAUUUCCAUAUGUGCCCACUUGACUGCUUCGAUCUGCAGUACUCCCACUGCUCCAAAUGUGUCUUAAUGCACAUUCUGCCCUCGCAAUGAAUUUUUAACAUGACAGUAUCUAUGCUCUGGCAUGAGCUGCCUAUUGAUGCCAGACAGUCGCUUUCAUCGCCCACUAAAAACUUUUUUGUCUAGGCAAGUCUAUCCAGACAUGAUUUCGAAAUUAUGUAUUCAUGACUGCCGAUUUUAUCUACAUUCGGAAAUCUUUCUGUUAUGUCUACCUGUUUUUAAUGUUGCUUGAUUUUAUCAGCAUUCUCUUAUGAAUAUUUUUAAUUAGUUUAUAAAAUAAUACAGAGCAUUUUUACUUAGAGGGUUCCCCCCCCCAAUUAAGCAAUAUAUACAUCUUGUUAAAGAAAAAAAAGAAAAAAUGCAUGCUUCAUAAAAAGAGCUUGCUGGAUCCAGCCAAUGGCCCAUCUAAUUCAGCAUCCUGUUCUCACAGUGGCCAAACAGAUGCCUAUGGACUCCAGCACAAGAGCACUGUCUACUCCUGUUGUUUCCAGCAACUGGUAUUCCAGUGUGAUCUAGAACCUGGUUAAUCAGGGUUCUAGUUUGUGAGUGUGGAAAGCCUACUUGAGUAUGGCAUGCUUUCAUCUGCAGACUUUCAGUAGCUCAUCCCCAGACUUCCCCUCAUCUUGUGAAGGGCACAGUGCCUCAACAGGGCUUGUGUCACACACCUAGUUUAGAACUUGGCUUCAUACAAUUUUAAAGCAGUGGCUGUAUUUUUCAGCCUGGUAGCCCUGAAGGACCCCACAUUCUGCCUCCAGGUUACAGUAAUGCAAUGACUUUGAGGAGCCACAUGCCAAGCCCAGGGCUACUUGCCAAACUUAUGGGGAAAUGUUAUUGGAAAGUUGUCAAAGUUCUUUCUCUCCUCGAUGAACACAGCAGAAGUGCCUGAUUCAAUGAGAUGUGCUCUGGUGACUAAGAACCUCCAAAAAGAAGAGUUAUUUCAAGAAUUUCUCCCCCAGCUCACCCACUCCCCUCUCCAUUCUUGAUGCUUUGAAGAUUCUUGGUUUUCAACAACUCUGGAAAAGCAAAGAGAAGAAAACCAGGAGAACCUAUAGCUUGAAUUUGGUUGCAUUACUACCUUUGGGUUGACUUGAACAUUGCUUGUGGUUGGAAGAAUGACCUGCUUCUUGGCUGGUGGUGAUGGUGGUAGUUCCUCAUAGAAGUGAUAUUGGGCAUCAUAUAAGCUCUAAUUUCCCAUGCAAAUAGGAGACCGUCCUAGCUUCUCCCCACCCCAUGCCACCCCCAGUGUUGCUGUCCUUGUUGUACAGUGUCUGCACUGUAGACCCUACUCUACUCAUGUCAGUGUGUAGAUGAGGAUUCUAAAUUGCUCAGGAUUCUCAGCGGUUCUUCAGAAGUUCUUCCUCUGACAAUGAGGAACUGCAGGUUGCAGAAAGCUGGCGUGUCACAGGCCUCCUAAAAAGCACUUGAAUCUCACCUUUCGGAGUGGGGAGAAAGACAGAGCUUUGCACCCAAGAUGCAAAUUCAAAAAGUGGAGUGGUCAUAGCAUGCAGAAUUCUUCCAUUUUAAAAACUUGGUUGCUGAUGGUACUUCUUUCUGCUCUUACAUGCACAUAAGUAGCUUUCCACCAUUAUCAGGGUGGUGGGAGAGGACAAUGUUCUGGUGAUAACAAAUAUUUACUUGGCUUUAUUGUUGCAGACUGACUUGGAGGUCCUCGAACUUUGCUGGCGGAGAGUGAGUGAGCGCCCAACCAUGUUGCAUGCACAUCUGGAGCAGAGCAGUGCCAAGCCUCUUCCUGUAGUGAUCAUAGGUAAAUAUACACUCUAGGGAGUAAUCUACAUUGGCCAGGGCUCGUUAUCUCGCCAGGCCACCAUGUGCUCAGCAGCCUCAAGCUGCUGUUCCAAGAGCUAUAAUUAAAGCAAGAAGUGUCCUGGUAUCCCCCCUCCCUUUUUGCUGCCAACACAAGCUUGCUUACUGGAAACAAAUGGGGUUGCAGUUCUUUGCAUGCAACGGGAAUUUGUCGGGACACUUUUUCCCCCCUACAGGGGCACAGAUUGUGGGAAACAGAAGAGUUAUAUAAAAAUGCAAAGGUUUUACCCCCAAAGAGAAACGUCAACAACAUCCACAUUAGGACAAUCCUUUUAUUAAGCAAACCAAAAUGUUAUGAAAGCGCAUGCAGAGUUUUGAGAUCUCCAGAUCCCUUGAUCACAAUAAGGGGAUGGGAAUUGGCUGAUACUGGAGCCACAGAGGGAAUCUGCAUUUAGGCAACAGCCUUAAGACUGAAUGUUAGAGGAGAGAGUGGAGGCAUUCAGAUGAGGCUUUGCUGAGUGCUUUGAGGUCUCAUGAGGGACUGCUGGCAAGGAGAGGCAAAUAAUAGUUGAUCCUCCAUAUUUUUGGAAAUAUAAAAUCCAGAUGUCUCCAUUGUUAGGCACAGGAGUGGGGAAGAAAUUCGGGUUGGUUCCAUUUUAAUGUGAGCCCACCUAAUUUUCACUUCCCAGAACUAUAUGUGAAGCAAAACACAGCUGUCCUUUGAAAUUCACACUUCUCCAAAUUUUGCAAUACAGCUCUCCAAUUUACAUACAUUUUAUGCACAAAAAUGUGUAUAUGAGGGGGAAGUCUGACAAAAAUGAAUAUAUUUCUGAAGAUGGCAUGAAAAUUGUAUUGUAAUUGGCAAAACUGAUUGCAAUAAAGAGGAGAAUUAUGUGCAAAAGAAUGCACAUUAGGAGAAAUGCACACUAAAAUGCUGCCAAGUAUUUUGUGAGGACCUAAAAAAUAUAUAUGCUGGCGUGUAAAUGUGACAACGGAAUUUAAGAUUGGAAAACAGCAACUGAGAGAAACAGAAAUUGACAGUUUUGUCCAUCCCUAUGAAAGACAAAGGUUCCUCAGUAGCGACAGAGAAAUUAGGUGGAUUUUAUAUUAAGGAAGCAUUAUGUAGGAAAACUGUUUGCUGCUCAUUAGUGCUACAAUUACUAAGAUGGGGGUGGGUGGUCUGACUUGGUCUAAGCUUCCCUUAUUCCACCUCUGUUGCUCAAAAACCUCACCACCCAUCUCAUCUUAAUUGUAUGAGCAAGCUCACGAGUAGCCAAGGUAGUGUCCUCCAGAUGUUUGGGGCUACAGCUGCCACCAUCCUCAGUCAAAAUGGCCAAUAGUCAUAGAUUAUGGGAGUUGUAGUCCCUAACAUAUGAAGGGCACCACACUGCUGCCCUGAGCCAGGUUGUAAAUAUUCUUUCCCCUGCACAGAAGGCAGAGAGGGAACUUUUGAGUAUUUCUGCCCACUGGUUCUUGACUGCAGCCUAAUUGCCUGCCUACCUCCCCUCCUUUCCUUUUCUCCCUCUCCCCUUUUCAGCAGUUUAAAAAGCUUGCCAGCCCUUAUCUGUGAGCAUCUAGCCGCUGGCUGUUCAGAGGUUUGUUUGUUUUUGUUUUGCAAAGAGGAGCCUUACAUAACCCGUGCUAUGCAGGCUCAACUUCAGAUGAGAAGCAGGCACUUACAGUAAAUGCAGUGGAUUUUGGCCAUCAACUUUACUGGACCAAAUUGGCCAUAAAUGUUCUUUGCAGCCAAAGAAGUACCAGUGUGGGCUCAGAAGUUUCAGCUGGUCACCUGAGCACCCCACGGGCUUUGGAUAGCAUGGGGGUGGAUGGCGUCCCUGCGAAUAUUAAGUGUCCAUGCCUGAGACCUUCUUUGGUUGAUGCUAAGCAGGGAGGGGAGAGGGAGCACUUUAAAUAUAGCUCCUUGAGAAAUCUCUCCUCCCAGCUGGCUUUUACAAUGUGGUGACUGUGCCAAAUAGCAUAGGGAUACUAAUGCUCUGAUAGGUUGCUGUGUCACCCUAACAAGCUUUCUUGCAUUAUGCAGCUGUUGGUUUGGACACAUUCUAGUGAGGAACUGAGCUUCAAAAAGUGGCAGAUGGUUAGGCAAAGGCCCUGUAAAAUAUUAAUCCAACUCAGAAGGAGGCUGGGAGACUGAACCCUGUGGAAACUCUGCCUGAAAUAGUUAUUGGUUUCCAAGGCUGGCUGAAGAUGUUGUUACUUUUGUUCUAAAUUCAUUAGGUGCCCAACAGCUGUUGCUCCUUAGGCGCCGUGGAGGAAAAAAUUAAAAGCAGGAUAAAAAUGGCAGAACCUGACAAUGUGCAGCAUGAAGGCAGUGUUGAACGAAUGCAAAAAUGAAGCUUGAAAACAUCACAAGCAGCAAAACCAAUUUUAAAAUGCUGGUGACUAAAAACACAUUUUUUAAAAAAACACAGCAUAAAUUAUAUUUGGUUUUCAGCACCAGCCUUAGCCUUUCAAAGAUUUUGCAGUAGCAAACAUUUGACAGCAGAUUCCAGAGUGUGAGAAUUGUUGGGAUGUAAACUUCAAUUGGAGUGUACUUUAUGACUUAUGUAGAUUUACGAAAGUGGCUAUCUUAGGAACAUAUGAGACUUAAUCUGUUGGACAAAAAACACAGUUGUCAAACAGUAGAUAACCAGCUAGCAGGAAUGCUUGCUGGGUGGGGUGGAGCUGCCAUCACAAUUUCCCAUCAGGUGGACUGCUUCUUGCACCUCCAUGUCAUCUCACCCCUUCCUCUUCCAGUAAGCAACAGCAACCCUUCUGUAGGAAAGCUGGUGUUGCGGCACAAUGCUACCUGCCAAACCACGUUGGAUAACAGGGGCUGGCAGGUGGCAAACUAUGUGGGAUCAAUUUCUGGAACCCUGUGACUUAGAGGGAGAACAUUUGAUGCUUUGCCUCCAGCAGCAGAAUGUCUUGGGCCUGCUUGAUGAGCUGAAGAACCUUCCCAAGACCUGGGAACUGAGCCUCCAUCUCUGGAUAAAACACUGUGCCUUAUGGAGCCAUCUAAUUUCUCUUUCAGGAAAUGGCCCUUCGGGGAUCUGCUUAUCCUACCUACUGUCUGGCAACAUUCCCUAUGUCCGAAGGAACCCUGUUCAUCCGAAUCCCAUUCUGCAAAGGAAACUGGAAGAGACACCUGAGGUUUCCAUCUUAGACCAGGUUGGUACAGCUCUCAGCACCCUUGGUUCAUCCUUCAACAGAGGGAAUUUGGGCUCUAAAAUGAUUCUCUAUUUUAGAGCAAGUGAAGCAUGAUCUUGGCCCUGUUAAGGGCAGCUUUGUAUAUUAAAGCAAUUGCCUGGUAGGCACCAAUGAGGCACCCACCUCCCCUUUGUCAGGUGUGAGAUGACUAAAGACACAGCUGGGCCAAAGCAAGAGUUGUAGGCACCAUCAAUCAGCUUAUUGGUGGCACCAGUACUUUGUGAGAUAGUCCUUUGCAAGAAGCAGCCAUUGGCUAAUUGCCGGGGUACGUGGUACUUAUGUAAGCCCUGACAAUUGUCUGAUCACCCACAUGGCAAAAAUGGCUUGUCUCAUGCCAUUGUUCUGUCAAGUGAUGGAAAAGUGGAUGGGGUGGCCCACCUGUCAGACGUGGCCUGUGAGGUAUUUAUGUGUGAAGGAGAUAAGGACUUCCAUUCCUUAUCCUUGCAUUAAAUAGUGCGUCCAGGGUAUAAGGAGUGCCACUUAGAAUAAACAGGAAAGGGAUUGUACAUUCAUCUAGCAUUCAUUCAUUCAUGGCCCACUUUUUUCUCCAAGGAGCUCCAGGUGGUACACAUGGUUCUCCCCCUCAUCAUUUAACCCCUGCAACAACCCUGUGAGGUACUCAGGCUGAAAGGCAAUGACUGGCCCAAGGUCACUCAGUGAGCUUCAUGCUGAGUGGGGAUUUGAACCCUGGUCUCCCAGGUCCUAGUCUGACACUCUAACCACUAUGCCACACUGGCUCUCCCGAUGACUGCCCACAACUAAGCCUUCUGAAUCCAGAAUUUGUGAUGAUUAGAAGAUUGGUGUUCAUCAAGAGUUCUCUCUUUCCCUCCAGGAUAUUGAGUACCUAUCUGAAGGUCUGGAAGGGCGAUCCUCCAGCCCAGUUGCUCUCCUUUUUGAUGCCCUGAUGCGUCCAGAUACUGAUUUUGGUGGGACUGCAGAUUCGGUCCUUGCUUGGUCACAUCAACCUGACAGAGCCAUUCCUCAUCUGGUUCUUGGCAAAAACCUUCCUGGAGGAGCCUGGCAUGUAAGUGCAAUUCUAUAUAUUGGAUCCUUUAAAACAGUGGCAACAGUUUGUUGACCCAUCUUAGAAGUGGUUGGUCCCUUAAGGCUCAACCCAAGCUGAUAUUUUCAUCCAUGAGGGAUGACCCAUCACAGGAGUCGAAAAUCUUUUACAACCCAAGGGCCACAUUACCUUGUAGAGAACCUUCCAGGGACCACAUGUCUGUAGGGUGUGGGACCACAGGCAAAAGUGGGCAGUGGGCAUGGGUCUUACCUUUGAAUGAUAGGGUAAUUUUCAGCCACACAAAGUCAGAGAGCUAUACCCACAGCUCUCUAUCCCCAGCAAGCAAGUGACAUUACCACACUUUCAGGACCUGUUCCACCCAGGCAAGAAUCCCAAGAGCCUGAGGGGGUGUAUUUGGCCCCUGAGUUUGAGGUUCACCAUCCCUGGCCUAUUGCAAUCCGCAAGAUGGCUAGACUUUUCCUGUUCAGGGUUGAAAUAUGUCAACUAACUAUGGAGUUAUGGGAUGUGCUUGAACUGCAAUUUAUCUGAACAAGUUCUGAGCUGUUUAUAUGUAUUCCUGUUCUAUCAGUGAACUCCAGCAGGAAGAAAUAAUGGUUGAAAGCAUGUGCUGGAUUUGCUAGACGUAAGCCAAUUUAGUCCCUGUGGCAGGUUUCUCGAUGUUUUGGACCACAAUUCCCAUCAGCCCAGGCCAACACAGCCAUGUGGGUUAGGAUUGAUGGUAGUUGAAGUCCAAACAUGUGGUGGACACUCUGUUGAUGAAGGCUACUCUGUUGGCUUGUCAUAAAUAUGCAGAGCCAAAGAAGAUUGAACAUUCCACUUAAUCUCUUGCAACACCCACAUUUAUUUUUAGAAUAGGCAAAGGAAUUAAAGGGGUGGCCAGAGACCCCAUGAGACUUGCUACACUGCAGUGCAGUUUUCAUCCAUCUCCAGCUACAAUUCAUUGAUUUAUGUGAUAUCUUCAUUCUUUUUUAAGUCUAUCGAGGGAUCCAUGUUCACACUGAGCCAGGGAGACUGGAUGGGGCUUCCUGACCUGCAGUUCAAAGACUGGUUGAGUAAGAAGAAAAGGUACGCUUGCUCUUGGAUGAAAAUAAUCAAAUGAGAAGCUUUUCUUAUUAUUUCUUGCAUUUAUAUCUCAACUUUCCUCCAAGGUGCUCAUAGUUCUCCCUCCCCCAUUUUAUGACAGCCCUGUGAGGUAGGCUAAGCUGAGAGACUGGCCCAGGCUGACCUAGUGAGCUUCUUGGCUGAGUGGGGAUUUGAACUCUGAUCUCCCAGAUGCUAGUCCCACACUCUAACCAUUGCCUCACAGUGGCUAUGUACUUAGUAGGCCCAGUAGAUCCAAGGCAUCAUGUUACCUGUCCUAUUAUGACCAUCCAUGAUCAAAGAAACCUCUUGACUGCACAAAAGCAAAUAAAUGCAUGUAAAAAAGUCCUUCUUGUUGCAGUCUAGUCACUGUGAAGGAUUUUUUUCAAAUGCCUUAUUUGGGAUGUCUUGCGGGAGGCACUAUUCGGCUGGUAUGGGGAGGAAAGGUGGCUUUGCCUCUGCCUAGCGUUUUGCUUGUAAUCCACCAAAAGCCCUCUGGGUAAAACUGAUUAACUGUAAAAGGGAUGUUCCACCUCAGUUCUGCAGGUGCGGACUGAGUCAACAAGCAGUCAGUUGAGUGUACAAGCCCAAACACAAAAGAUAAGUAGAACAAAGAUGCAAAAGGAACUACUGUAACCUUGAAUACAAUCCACAGAAUUUGAUAACUGGGCGUUCUUUUCUGUGGGCUGUAGUUAUUAUGAAUUCUUUUCUGUGAGCUGUAGUUAUUAUGAAUUGGGCACCUUGCAGUGAACUCCACUGAAGCUAGCUGUAUUUUGAAGUAGAAGCUUAGGCAGCUGACUUAUACCAAGUCAGAGCAUAGGUGCCCCUAGUUCAAUGCUGCCUGAACCAGUGUUCUUCAGCCUUGGUACCCAAAUGUUGCCCCAUCAUCCCUGGUUGUUGGCUAAGGGUCAUAGACCAGCAUGCUCCAGCCUUGAGGCUCAAGACAUUGUUGGACUACAAUCCCCAUAAUCCCCAGCCAGCAUGGUCAGUGAUCAGGGAUGAUGUGAGUUAUAGUCCAGUGAUAAUUGAUGAUCCAAUGUGGAAGGUAGGCUGUUUUAAAAGUUAAAAUGUGUACAGUACCUUGAAUUUGCCUCAAUGACACCUUGCUGAGCAAUGCAAGGUGGUGAAGAUUAGCCUGAAUAAGUUGCCAUAGGAAAUGUGUUCCUUGAUCAUAUGUCUGUACUGAUAGUCAUAUUCUUGUUACAGGGGCUUCAGAAAUAACAGGGCGACUGCAGGAGACAUAGUCCAGUAUUAUCAGUACUAUGUGGCAAAGAAAGGGUUAAAGAAAAACUUUCGCUGUGGAACUCUCGUGACGUCUGUAAAGAAACUGAGUGUGGAUGUAGACUCCUGCUACAACAGUCAAAAUCCACAAAGCAACCCCCAGGUAGACAGUGGGAGCCUCUUCCAGGUUGACGGGUUUCUCACAACGGUCAGUGGUACACAGCCCUUCUCUGUGUAUGCGGAAAAUGUGGUUUUGGCCACAGGGACAUACGACAGCCCAUCCCACUUAGGGGUGAAAGGGGAGCACCUUCCAUUUGUCCACCACACACUCUCCGCCCUUGAAGAAGCUGUAAAGAACAAGGAGAUUGGCAUGAUGUCCGACCCGAUCCUGAUUGUUGGCGCUGGGCUCACUGCGGCAGACGCCAUCCUCUUUGCUCACCAUUGCAACAUCCCAGUGAUUCACGCCUUCCGCAGAAAGGUCAAUGACCCAGCCCUCAUCUUCAACCAGCUCCCUAAGACAAUGUAUCCCGAGUACCACAAAGUCCACCAGAUGAUGAAAGAGCAGGCCAUCCCUUACCCGGGGCCAUAUGAAUGCUAUGUCAGCCUUCCUGAGCACCACAUCGUCACCUUCACAGAGGACAGGAAAUGCAUCUUUUGCGAUAAGAGCGGCCACCAGAAAAUACACAACAUCUCCAUGGCUUUUGUCCUCAUCGGCUCCAACCCUAACCUAACCUACCUGCCCAACAACGGUGUGGACUUGGCGGUGGACUGUGAGCAGCCGGUCAGCUCCAAGAGGAACCCCAUCGAUGUUGAUCCCUUUACCUACGAGUCUGUCCACGAGAAGGGACUCUAUGCCAUGGGACCAUUAGCUGGGGACAAUUUUGUGCGGUUUGUGCAAGGUGGUGCUUUGGCGGUGGCCAGCUCUCUGCUGAAGAAGGCCAACCCCAACCCCCCAUAACACUUGCGGACAUUCCCCUUAGAGAAAGACCCACAGCAGCCUUUGAGAAGAGGGGAACUGAACACGUGCAAGUCUACCAGAUAUAAAGUCUCUCCAUUGUAGCAUUUGGUAGGUCUGCUCUGAAAGGCCAGGUCGCAGAUUCAAGACAAUGUGCUUGCGGGACGUGCUGCCACAUGCCCAACUUUUUCUCCCUGUUUUACAAGUUGGGGAGGCAGCUCUAUGCAGGCUUUGGCACACAAGAAGUGGAAAGGUGCUGGAACAGCUGCUGGUUUCUGGAUACUCAGAGUGAAAUUGGCAACAGGGUCUCCUUCGAAUGUAGAUCAGUGUUCACAUUUAUUAUGUAGAUUUCUCUAAUCUUCACUGUCCCAUAAAAAAAUACCAUUCUGAACAUCUGUGAAAUAGAAAGCAUCACUCAAAAAGAGUGCGUGACUUGGAUCCAAAGUUGCACAAAGCUGUAAACUUAAUUUUAUUUUUAUUUUUUUUAAAGCCAGGCAGUGCCCACGGGUCUCAAACCGCUGGAAGCAAUUAGGGGAUCUAAGCAAUGCUUUGAUCGAUGGAAUCGCUGGGCUGAGCUGGCUCCUUUAUUUUAUUUUUUUGAUACACUAAUGGUGCCAAGUGGGUUUUUCUUGGGCCCAUUUGGCAGUAGCCCCUUAUUCCCCCAAAGUCCCACAAACAUUGGGGGGAUCCUCUAGAGUACAUUUUCAGGAGCGUAAGAAGGUUCUGCAGCUAAUUGGCAAGUUCCUAAAGUAGCUCUAAGGACAUAACCUGCUUUUGUGGGUAUUCUAAGGGCAUCCUGAUGUUGAAUAUUGUGUUGUAGCCCAGCCUUCUCCAACCUGGUUCUUUCCAGAUGUUUUGGACUGCAACUCCCAUCAGCCAAAGCAGCACAGCCAUGCUGUCUGGGGCUGAUGGGAGCUGUAGUCCAAAAUACCAGUAGAGCACCCCUUGGCAAAGGCUUCUGUACCUGCCGCCCACUGCUCUCCUGCUCUCCUUUAGAGGUGUGGAUUUUGAGUAGUCUAGCUAAGCAAUCAUGGAUGCAACAGCUGAAAUCUCAGGAAAUCCUUCAAUACCCCCUUGUUGACUUUAGGUCUACAUGCUGAAUUUUAUAAACUUAAAUUUUGCUGGUUUAUAAGCAAAAGGUUUUUCAAAAAGAUUUUAAAAGAUUAUAUUAUGGAGUAUUUUUUGUAUACUGUUUUUAAAUAAAAAUAUUUUGGCGUUU